CUGGAUGCUUCUCAUAAACCCCGUAUCUCUAAAGACGUAUAUACCCCGGCGUCUCCUUCAAACUUACGCCGUCUAGUGCGCUGUAUCCAUUCGUUUUUGCAGGGGCAACUAUGUCCAAAUUAACAACUCUUUUCUUUCUCCCCAAGCCCCAAACCCCCUCCUAAAACCCUCUUCUCCUCAUUUCUCCACCGCCACCCACUCCUUUCGCCGCCGCGAUUUUACCGGUUUGAUUUUUUAUUUUUACUUUUUAAUUUCAUUUGGGAACUUUCACCUCGGGCAUCCACAACCAUGUCCCUGAGCAAAAUAACAAGUCGGGUCUCGAGGACCGUGUUGACUCAGUGUCGCAACUCAGCGCUCCUUCUCGGCCGCCAUGAAAGCUAUCUCUUGCAAAAUGCAUCCAAUAGAUUAGUUUCCUCGCGUGGGCUAAGUGAUAAGGUGGUUCCUGGUCAGGUGUCAUUGCUACACCAUUCAUCACUGAAAUCUUCAGGCUUUCAGGGUUUUGGGUUCUCUUCCUCUGCAACUUCACAGUCUACAAACGAACAGGAAAAUAAAGAGACAAGCAAUGAAGCUGCUGCUGAUGAUAAUAAUACACCUCAAACUGAAGUGGACGAGUCAGAUCCACACAUUAGUACGUCCCGGACUCCUAAAAGGAAAAGAGGUGCUAAACGAGUUGCGUUUUCUGAUUCUGAUUCUGAUACAGAUUUGGAAUCUGACCUGUCGAGAGAUGACCUGGUGAAGCUCGUGUCUGAGAAGGAUCGGCUUUUGACUGUAAAGCAGGAAGAGCUGAAGCAGGUGAAGGAUACAGCCAUGCGUGCAUUGGCUGAGAUGGAAAAUACAAAGGAGCGUACUAGACGCGAAGCUGAAAGUGCCAAGAAGUUUGCUAUUCAGAAUUUUGCUAAAAGCCUUUUGGAUGUGGCGGAUAACUUGGGUCGGGCUUCUUCAGCUGCAAAAGAGAGUUUCUCAAAAGUUGAUGUGUCUAAGGAUGCAUCUGGAGCCACUCAACAACUCAAAACACUCCUCGAAGGUGUUGAAAUGACUGAAAAACAACUGAAUGAGGUAUUUAGAAAGUUUGGGCUAGAGAAAUAUGAACCCAUUGAUGAAGAAUUUGAUCCGAACAGGCAUAAUGCCGUGUUCCAAGUCCCAGCUGCCUCCAAGCCAGCUGAUCGAGUUGCAGUUGUUCUAAAGGCUGGAUACAUUCUGCACGACCGAGUUAUAAGGCCAGCUGAAGUUGGUGUGACGGUGGUGGCAAACAAUGAGGAAGGUGAAAAGGUGUCUUCUGAGGACUGAGGCAGUAUCAACUCUAUAUACUUGUGUAUUGUGAUGGUUUGAUUUUGGGGGAUUAAAUGUAUCUUAUUAAGGUAUAUUCUUAAUUUAUGCGUUUUGGCUAGGGAGGAUUGUAACAAGGAGCAACUUUAUACCUUUUUUUUUUUGGUCUGAUCUGUUUAUUGUUCCCUUUCAAUGGAUCAUUUCAGAAAGAUUCAUGCAAUUGAAAAUUUUGUGGAUGUUUCAGGUUAAUUUGAUCUAUUGAUGGCCCCUUGAAGUAAAGUCUAUUAAAUUAUUACUAAAAAAGUUUUGACCUUGUAAGUGGCAACAUAAAUAGCGUGGUGUGGGUUGUGUCAUGUCCAUUUGAUGG